UGGAGGUCCCAAGGCACCUUCGGAAUACAAACGAACAACUCAAGGUCACCCGAAUUUCACCUUGAUGGAAAGGUGAAUAGCAAUGAGGUCAAAAGAUCCUUCUGUAUUAAAUACCGUAUGACAAGUGAUUGGAACAGACCUCCAUGGCCGAAAGGGAAGUACUGCAUCUACAAAAAAUAUAGAUGCCCUAAAGGUUUAUCAUUCGGUGAACUCUUCUGGGAUGAUCAAGACGGCUAUCGGAUUAACGAAGAUGGCGGAGUACUUCCCGAGGGCAGAUAUAACCACGACACAACUAUCAAAUUUUGCUGCAGAACAGACGGCGAUAGAGAUGACCCAGUUCUUCUUCCGGUGAAAUCUCCAUUUUUUCUUCUGGCGUAUGAGUCGGCAAAGUGCCAGAUGGUCAAAUGGGCUGUUUCUACUGUGGAGUGGAUACAUUAUGAUACAGAAGAUUCGGACAACCAAGACGAAGCACUUGGUGCGUACCCUUACAACGCUGGAAAAAUUCAUCCCACCAUUUUUUAUUGUUACUACCGAGGGUGCAACGAAACUCUCACCUCAGUCAGCGGUACCUUCCAUUCACCAAAUUAUCCAAGAAAUUACCCCCAUGGCCAAUAUUGCUCUUGGAAAAUAAAGGUUAAUACAACCCUACGUAUUCGAUUGACGUUUAAAAACUUUAGUCUUCAGAUCGAGAAAAACACGGACCAGUUAUACGUUUAUGAUGGGGAGAAUGAAACAGGGAAGAUACUGGAUGUGUUUUAUGGGGAUCAUCCUCCCCCAAAGGAAGGAAUUUACUCUUCUUCCAACAGCUUAUUCGUGAUCUUCAAGUCAAACAAGAAUGAUUCUUUUGCCGGCUUCAGUGCUUACUAUGACACUAUUUAUGAUCCGGAAUCUGUUUGGUGGCCUGCUGGAUCAUAUGGAAUACCAAAACCUGUGUCUGGCUGUCCUAGGACCACUGGCUUUCAGUGGAAGAAGGGAUGGAGGUCUCAGGACACAAAUGGUGCAUCAUCAAAUAAUUCCAGAUCCCCUGACUUCCACCUCGAUGCCGAAGUAGAUGAGACCAAAGUCCAAAGAUCAUUCUGUAUAAAAACAUCCAUAAUUGACGACCAUAACAGACCGAAGUGGCCACAAGGACAAUAUUGUAUCUACAAAAGGGGACCCUGCCCUGCAAACUUUGAAAAAGGAUAUGUCUACUGGGAUGAUGACGACAGUAAACAAAAUGAAAAUAAACAUAAUGGAACGCUUCCUGAUGGUACGUACAACAAGGACACGAGAAUCGAGUUUUGCUGCAAAAGUGACGGGGAAAAAGAUACUUCUAUUCUCCUUCCCUCCGAAUCUCCAUUUUUCCUGCUGGCUUACAACUCAGGCAAAUGUCAGAUGGUCAAAUGGGCGAUAGCCAGUGUAGAGUGGAUUUAUUAUGAUACUCAAAACAAAAACAACUACGAUGGAAGAGGCGGAGAAUUCCCUUAUGAUGCCGGUAAAAAGCAUCCCAAAAUGUAUUACUGUUACUACACUGGUUGUAAGAAAACUCUAACUUCAACCAAUGGCACUUUCCAUUCACCGAACUAUCCAAGAAAGUACCCGAAUGGUCAAUACUGCUCGUGGACGAUCACAGUUAACUCAACACAACAGAUCUUAUUGAUUUUUACUGAAUUUCGACUGCAAAACAAGAUUAACACAGACGAAUUAUACGUUUAUGAUGGAAAAGAUUCAAAGGGAGAGGUGCUAGGAGUCUUUUAUGGAGGUCACCCUCCCCCAGAAAAAGGAAUGUACUCUUCAUCUAAGCACAUGUUUAUAAUUUUCAAGUCAGACAAAAAUAACUCUUACACCGGCUUUAAAGCGUCUUACUUUGGUGUCAAUAUUUCAGCGUCAACAGGAUCACCAGACAGGACGACACUAAGUGAGAUUCCUUCAUCUCCAGCUGAUGACCCGAACAGUAGAGAAAAGGGCGAACCUGAAAACAAAGGUAACAAGAUGACUGUGGUUCUUCUUCUGUAUUACCCGGCACUAUAUAGAGCUUCCUUUCUUUUGAUAUAUUCUCUAAACUUUAGAGCCUUGGAAAUGCUGUAUUGGCGAAUUCUAAGUUUAAUAAUAUCUUCCCAUAGCCUAAAGGUUUCAGAACCUGUUCGUUGGCCAUCUGGCCGAUACGGGAUACCAAAACCUGUAGCUGAGUGUCCUAGAGCAGGAGGGUUUCGCUGGGAGAAGGGAUGGAGAUAUCAAGACACAGAGGAUACUAAUUCGGCAAACUCAAAAUCACCGCAAUUUCACCUUGAUGGAGAGGUUCGAGAAGCAGGAAUUGCAAGAUCUUUCUGCAUGAAAACUUCAACAGCUGACGAUAGCAACAGGCCACACUGGCCAUCAGGGCAGUACUGUAUCUACAAAAAGCGAACCUGCCCUCCAGAUCUAGAGUCAGGUUACGUCUACUGGGAUGACGAAGACUUCGAUAAUCGUAAUGAUAAAAGGGGCAUACUUCCUACUGGCAAAUAUGGAAAGGACACCAAGAUUUACUUCUGCUGUGCGACGAGUGGAAACAAAACUGAUCCCAUUAUCAUCCCCGCUAAAGAUCCAUUCUUCCUGCUAGCUUAUGGGUCAAAAAAAUGUCAGAUGGUCAAAUGGGCGGUUGCCAGUGUGGAGCGGAUACGUUAUCAUACUGAAGACAGGAACAACGAGGAUAAAAGCUAUGGGGCGUACCCUUACAAUGCUGGAACAAAGAACCCAACCAUUUACUACUGUUAUUACCGUGGAUGCAACGAAACUCUUACAUCUAUAUAUGGUACUUUCCAUUCUCCAAACUACCCAAGAACAUAUCCAGAUGGACAGUACUGCUCCUGGAGAAUCAAAAUCAACCAAACACAACGAAUCCGUAUGACAUUCACAAACUUUAGUUUGCAGUACGAGAGUGGCACAGACGAAUUAUAUGUGUAUGAUGGAGAGAAUGCUACAGGGAAGAUAUUGGGGGUGUUUUACGGAGCUCAUCCACCCCCAGAGGAAGGAAUAUUUUCCUCGUCUAAUAAUCUAUUUGUAAUGUUCAGAUCAGAUAGCAAAGGCUCGUACGCUGGAUUCAAUGUUUCUUACUACGGUGUUAGUUUUCCAACUACCCAGACAACAGAGAUAACACACGUUUUCCACACGAAAAACACAACAUCUGACGGAGAGCCGAAACCUACAUCUGAUAAAUUAUCGAAAAAGGGUGGAGUUGAAAGCGGAGAGAAGCAACCACAAAGACGAGGUGUGAAUGUAGUAGCCGUGGUCAUUCCCGUGGUGUUGGCCGUCUUGCUUGUUUAUAUGGGUUCAGCUGUCCUCUUUCAUAUCACACGGUAAGUAUUCACGUUGAAAAGCAUGUCAUACCACCAGAAAUUUUAUUUUGGCUUUU